AUGGACUCACUGCGACAUUUUUACUUUUAUGCAGCGGUUUCAGCAAAUUUUUUGCAGGCCGCAUACCUAGCAAGAGCAGGAAAAAGUGUGUGCGUUCUUGAAAGGCGAGGGAUUCUGGGAGGAGCAGCAGUUACUGAAGAGAUCAUCCCAGGCUUCAAGUUUUCACGAGCUUCAUAUCUACUGAGUCUUCUACGCCCAGUCGUUAUCAAUGAUCUCAAACUCAAGGAGCAUGGACUGCGUUAUCACAUCCGCAACCCAUCCUCGUUCACCCCUAUCCGAAACUCUGAUAAGAGCCUUCUUCUGGGAUUAGAUAUGAAGGAAAAUUGUGAGGAAAUAGCCAAGUUUUCCAAGCGAGACGCUGAGAUGUUCCCCAAAUACGAGGAGUUCAUACAACGAAUCGUAGGAGCCUUGGAGCCGUUGAUGGAUCAAGUUCCACUAAACAUGCACGAAAGUUCCAAAAGGAAACUGCUUAAAAGUGCAUGGCGGCAGUUCAGAAUAGUACGAGGAAUCGGACUCAGCAACACUGUUGAUUUCUACGAAUUGAUGACGGCACCAAUUGCUAAGGUGAUGAACAAAUGGUUCGAGAGCGACGUGCUAAAGGCAACUCUAGGCACUGAUGGUGUUAUCGGCUUCGCGGCCAGCCCUUACGAUAGCGGAACAGGUUACGUCCUGCUCCAUCAUGUCCUGGGAGGACUGGACAAUCGAUCGGGUACAUGGGGAUAUGUGAUGGGAGGAAUGGGAGCGGUGUCUGAAGCGAUUGCUAAAGCUGCAACAAGUCAUGGUGCCGAACUGUUCACUGAUCAGGAGGUGGACUCAAUUCUAGUAGAAAACAGAACAGCCAAGGGAGUCAGACUGUCGAACGGGAAAGAGGUUCACGCUAACACUGUUCUGUCAAACGCCACACCAAGAGUGACAUUUGAGAAACUACUGAAUGAAUCCGAUCUUUCUCCUGAUUUCCUCAGAUCUGUGAAAUCCAUUGACUACACAUCUCCGGUGACAAAAAUAAACGUUGCGGUGCGGGAGUUGCCAUCGUUUUCGUGCCGUCCAAACACUUCCAACACCCCUCAGCCUCAUCACCAAACCACAGUUCAUCUCAAUUGCGAGAGCAUGGAUGUCGUUCACGAAGGCGUCAGAGACUUCCGUAACGGUCACUGGAGUCGGAGGCCAGUGAUCGAGAUGACAAUUCCGUCUGUGGUCGACCGCUCAUUGGUUCCAGAUGACUCGUCACAUGUGAUUUCACUCUUUACCCAGUGCACUCCAUACUCACUGGAGGAGGGUCCCUGGAACGAAGAACGGAAAGAGCAAUAUGCUAAACAUGUGUUCAACGAAAUCGACUGCUAUGCUCCGAACUUCUCCAGCUCUGUUAUUGGCUAUGAGGUUCUGCCACCACCAGAAAUUGAACGAAUUUUCGGAUUAACAGGAGGAAACAUUUUCCACGGCUCUAUGACUCUCGACCAGCUGUAUUUUAGCCGGCCAGUUGCACGAUUCAGCGAUUUUAGGACUCCGAUCACAGGAUUGUUCCUCUUGCGGAAGUGGAGCUCAUCCAGGUGGAGGAGUGACAGGAGCUCCGGGACGACUAGGAGCGUUGGCUGCUCUUCAAGUAUGAUCACUGAAUCCGCUCAUUGUCGCUGCAUUCGGUUUUCAGUCUCACAAACGACAGUCCUCUAUGAAAUCUGUCGAUGA